CCUUCCAAUGACGUGAGCGCGCCGCCGCCGCAUCGAUUAAAGAUGGCAACUGGAGCAGAACACGGCUUGAAAAAAGUAGUUUGGCAAAGAAUCAAGGAAUCCAUUUUUGCUGACUGCAAAAAGUCAGAAGGAUGGAAGAUCCUCAUCCUGGACCAGUUCACCACCCGCCUUCUUUCCUCCUGCUGCAAAAUGUCUGAUCUCAUGUCAGAGGGCAUCACAAUUGUUGAAGACCUUUACAAAAACCGAGAACCUGUUCCGGAAAUGAAGGCUGUCUACUUUAUGACCCCCACUGCCAAGUGUAUUGAUUCAUUCAUUGAUGACUUUAAAUCAAAACCCAAGUAUAAAGCUGCAUACAUCUACUUCACUGACUAUUGUCCUGAUGAUCUCUUCGACAAGAUGAGGAAAAACUGUGGCAAAUACAUUAAAUUGUGUAAAGAGAUCAACAUUUCUUUUCUACCGAUGGAAGCACAGGUGUUCACUUGUGAGGUCCCACAAGCCUUCAAGAACAUCUACAGCCCUCACAGCCAUGUCCAAGAUCAGACUCUGGAGCAACUGGCCAAACAGAUCGUCACACUCUGUGCAACGCUGGAGGAAUACCCUGGAGUGCGAUAUAAGAAAGAUUCAGAGCCCAGUUAUGGAAGGAAGUUGGCCGAACUGGUGGAUAAUAAACUGGCACAACAUUUUGAGCUGGAUGACAACUGGCAAAAAAAGGGUAAGACGCAGGCGCAGCUUCUAAUCGUUGACCGUGCACUAGACCCUGUAAGCCCAAUCCUUCAUGAGCUGACCUACCAGGCCAUGGCUUAUGACCUCAUACCUAUCAGGGACAACAUCUAUGAGUACAAAUUAAAGGACGGUUCUAAAAAAGAGGCUUUACUAAAUGAAGAGGAUGAAUUAUGGGUCAAGUUACGGCAUAUGCAUAUCGCUGAGGUCACUGAGCAAAUCCCGAAACUGGUGAAGAAAAUCUCUGCCAGUAAGCAGCAGGCCGAUGGAAAGAUCACAAUCGGAGCCCUAUCACAGAUCAUGAAGAAGAUGCCCGCUUUCCGUAAACAGGUUGCUCAGAAAACCGUCCACUUAAAUUUAGCAGAGGAUCUAAUGAAUCAUUUCCAGAUGAACGUGGAAAAACUCUGCAAAGCUGAACAGGAUCUGGCUGUAGGUGCAGACGCUGAGGGUCAGAAGGUCAAGGAUCCCAUGAGGACACUGCUUCCUGUGCUGUUACAUCCCCAUGACACUUACGAUAAGAUCCGAGCUGUUCUCCUUUACAUUUUCAGUCUCAACGGAACGACAGAGGAGAAUUUGAAUAAACUGAUUCAGCACGUGAAGAUCGAGGAUCAGAGCGAGUAUGUCCUGAACUGGAAAUAUCUUGGAGUUCCCAUCCUCUCCUCGUCGUCGAGUUUCUUCUCAUUUCGAAAACAGUCCCGGAGGGAUCGAUCAGACGAGGAGACUUACAAAGUGUCUCGCUGGACACCCGUUCUCAAAGAUGUCAUGGAGGAUGCCAUAGAAAACAAACUGGAUAUCAAAGACUGGCCAUUCCAGUCUGAAUGCCCGUCAGCAUGGAACGGUUCACGUGCUGUAAGUGCACGGCAGAAGCACAAGGGCAGUUCUCCAGAUGAUCUCAGGAACGGCUCGCGACUCAUCAUCUUCGUCUUGGGUGGAGUCAGUUACUCAGAAAUGCGCUGCGCUUAUGAAGUCACGCAGGCCAAUAAAUCCUGUGAGGUCAUCAUCGGCUCUACAGACAUCCUCACUCCAUGUAGCUUACUGGAUGACAUUUAUAACCUGACCAGACAGCCCAUGGAAACUUUUACCAUUAUGGAGGAGAAGCCUUGAACAGCUCCCAGAGUGACCCUUGACCCCCUCCAGCACACAGGACCGAAGGAACGUAAGAGCUGCUUUUGGGGCGUCUUGUACAGCAUUAACUGUCAAGCAUUUUCUCAAGUGUUCACAUACCUUAAAAAACGUAUUCCUAAAUAUUAUAGAAAACAAAUAUAAAUAUAGUUGUAGGUGUAUGAAGCUCACUUUAAUCUUGAGGUUGGCUUAUCAAAUACUUUAUACAACAUGGGGGACUAACAGACUUCAGGAGAUUUACUGGUGACUCUGGUAAACACACUAGUGACUUUAUUUGCAAUCUGAUUGUGUUUCUAUUGAUAGCGAAAAGCUCACACUGGACUUUCUGUAACACUUUUUCGUGUAUUUAUGUUUCAUACACUAAGUCUAGUUAUUUCUGAAUCUUUUUUUAUAGUUCUUGUUUGAUGAUAUGUACAUAAGUAUUCAUUGCCUGCUUGCUAUAGUGGAGAGUUUUGCCUGUAUAACAUACAUAUUCAUGGGUGAACAAAGGAACGUUUUUAACAAACAUAAUAUAUGCAUUGCUUGCAAUUGAACAACUGACGUUAAUGAAUGAUGUGGUUCAAUUUCCAGAUUGUUUUGUAAUGUUUCUAUAAAUGUGUGUGCUAUGGUCUAUGUAUGAUUUCAUCUGUUUUAAUUCAACAUAAAAAUGCAUUGCCUAUAUAAUGCGUUGG